AACUCAAUCCUCUGUUGCCUCCCUCAGAUCAUGAAUUCCUCCAAGUACAAAUUUUUCCAUCCACCGUGUACGCUUCUCCUCAGGAGGAAUUCUUUUCCGCAUUUUUAUUCUUCUCAGUCCAAUCUUCAGCAGAAGACUUUCUUCAGAUCAGACCCUCGAGACGGUCUCAUCAACCGUCUCUGCAGCGAGCACAAGUUCAAAGAAGCCAUAGAUGCUCUAUGCGAGGAGAAGCGCCUGAGGGAAGCAGUUCAGCUGCUCGAUCGCAUCGAACGGCCCUCUGCACUGGUGUACUCGACCCUCAUACAGAACUGCCUCCGGCAGCAUGAUGUCGCGUCCGGGAGACGGGUCCAUGCCCACAUGAAAAGGUCCGGUUUUGUUCCCGGGGUUGUCAUUUCCAACCGCAUUCUGGAUAUGUAUGCGAAGUGCGGCAAUUUGGUUGAUGCCCGGCACGUGUUUGAUAAAAUGGCUGAUAGGGACUCGUGUUCUUGGAACACAAUGAUAUCAGGGUAUGUGAAAGCCGGCCGUGUCAAGGAAGCGAGGAAGCUGUUCGAUGAAAUGCCUGAGAGAGAUAAUUUUUCUUGGACUGCAAUGAUAUCAGGUUAUGCCCGCCAUGACCUGCCUGAGGAAGCUCUUCACCUGUACAGAAUCAUGCAAAAGCGUCAAACUUUGGGUUCAAGUAAGUUUACUGUCUCAAGUGCUCUUGCUGCUGCAGCGGCUAUUCCAAGUCUAUGCAUGGGUAAAGAGAUCCAUGGUCAUAUAGUAAGGCAGGGGUUAGAGUCAGACGAGGUUGUCUGGAGUGCUCUCUCAGACAUGUAUGGGAAAUGCGGAAGCAUAGAAGAAGCUCGAUACAUAUUUGAUCGAAUGGUGGGUAAAGAUAUCGUCUCAUGGACAGCAAUGAUUGAUCGAUACUUUGACAAAGGGAGGAGAGAAGAAGGGUUUGCCCUGUUCUCAGAGUUGACGAGAUCAAAGAUGAGGCCCAAUGAUUUUACGUUUGCUGGGGUCCUGAAUGCAUGCGCUGAUCAUGCAGCUGAAGGGCUUGGAAGGCAGGUCCAUGGGCAUAUGACUCGGGUUGGAUUUGACCCAUCCACUUUCGCGGUGAGCGCCCUUGUCCACAUGUAUUCCAAGUGUGGGAACAUGGAAACUGCAAGAAGAGUCUUCGAGGGGAUGCCCCAUCCCGAUUUAGUCUCUUGGACUUCUUUGAUAGUGGGGUAUGCUCAGAAUGGGCAGCCCGAGGACGCACUUAGCCUUUAUGAAUCGCUGCUCGGGUCAGGAAUUCGGCCAGAUCAUGUCACUUUUGUCGGAGUCCUCUCUGCUUGUACCCAUGCUGGACUGGUCGAUAAAGGGCUUGAAUAUUUCCAUUCAAUAAACAAGAAAUACGGGCUUACUCACACUGCUGAUCACUAUGCUUGCACAGUUGACCUUCUCGCCCGUUCUGGCCGUUUCCAAGAGGCCGAGAAUAUUAUUCAUGACAUGCCCAUGAAGCCUGAUAGGUUCUUGUGGGCCUCGAUGCUUGGAGGCUGUCGAAUCCAUGGAAACCUAGAACUGGCAAAACAAGCAUCAGAGGCGUUAUUCGAAAUGGAACCUGAGAAUCCCGCCACUUACAUUACCAUGGCCAAUAUAUAUGCAACAGCUGGCCUGUGGGAUGAAGUCACGAAAAUCAGAAAGAUCAUGGAAGAUCGGGGGGUGGUGAAAAAACCGGGUAAGAGUUGGAUUGAGAUUAAAAGAGAGGUACAUGUGUUCUUAGUGGGAGAUAAAUCACAUCCGAAAUCGGAUGAGAUACACGAGUUCUUGGGAGAGCUGUCCAAGAGGAUGAGAGAAGAAGGUUACGUGCCUGACACGAAUUUUGUGCUUCAUGAUGUAGAGGAAGAGCAAAAGGAGCAGAACCUAGUGUACCACAGCGAGAAACUUGCUGUUGCAUUUGGAAUCAUUGCAACUCCAGCAGGAACUACCAUCAAAGUGUUUAAGAAUCUCAGAACUUGUGUAGAUUGCCACACAGCAAUCAAGUUUAUCUCGAAGAUUGCAAGGAGAAAAAUCAUAGUUCGGGAUUCAAACAGAUUUCAUUGUUUCGAGGAUGGGACUUGUUCAUGUAAGGACUAUUGGUGAUCUAUAAAUCUGGAUUCCUUGUGAUUCAUACAUCUCAUCCAAAGUUCCCUGAGUACUGGGUUGGUGAUGAUCACUUUUAUUGGGCAAGGCCAAAUAGGAAAAGUUUAUUAUAGUUGACAUCAGCUGGGGAGCCCAAACGCAAAAUUCUGCAGCAAGCUCAAAUGUGCUCCGUUGAGGUUGAGAAAUCUGUCUGGUGUCAUCAUUCAUCAACUGGCCAAUCAGAGUCACCACGCUCAGCUGCAGCUCUUGAAGAUCAGGAGAAAAGGUGAUUUCUCAAGAUAUUCAUGCAAACAUGAGGAAGAAAAGUACUUGAACGCUAUUAGUCAGUCCGUCCAUUGAAAUGUCAUCACUCUUCGUCCCAAUUCCCUUAACCUGUGAGUUCUCUCAGCCAUUCCACAGAUGUCCUUUGAAACUUGAGUGAAGGAAGACAAUAAAUCUGGGGGCUUUAUUAUUUAUUCAAACAAUUGUCAAACCCGACGCUGAUAGAUACUUUGCUUAUACUGGAAUAGAUUUGAAUGCUAUGCAGAACCCUGGAUUUUGACACGGCCCCGAUUUCAUAAUGGGUUAAUGAUAAUGUUCCUGGCCAAGGGUAUUUUCUACCAUCCAGUUGCUGAAUGCUUCAGCCGGCGGCACCUUAGAAGUAGUACCCUUGGUCAAGACGUAUUUGCUUUUGCCAACACUGAAUAUGGAUCCUCUGGUUUGCUGUGAAUGGCAGAGGAUCAGCAUCGGAUCCACACAGAAAUGGCAAAAGGGAAGAAGAUGAGCUCUGCCCAAUCUGACUGUCGAGAAGGAGGACAAUUUAGUUGAAUCACCUCAUCACAUCGUGUUGAUAAAGAUUGCAGCGGAUGACGUACUGGCUUGUGAAACGUGCAGCUAUCUGGCGAUUACGUCUUGCAGAUUUCUACGAGUUCUUCGCUCACUGAAUCACUGGUAUGAAUGGUCAUCCAACAUUUUCUCCAUCAGAGGAAUUUUAAGGUCCUACUCAAUGCGUAGGUUGAUAGAUGCAGUUAUUCAUAAAGUAAUCGCGUGUUGUUUUACGAUAUUUAUGUUCCGCUCCAUCCCCAUUUUCUGGACCAAAUGCUCACUUUCUUAUGAACAUCUCUUACAUUUGAAGAUAAAUUUGUGACAUAUUAUGGAUGCAUUCGCACUUGGUAACGAGGAAUCCAUUUUUUGCAUUCUAUAUUUAUAGUGACAAUGAUUUUGAAUUUCA